AUGCAGACCAUCAGUGACAAAGCUAUUCGCAGCCGUAGGAGUAAAGGCUGUCUGGGCUGUCGUAAAUCCAAAGUCAAGUGCAGCGAAGAACAACCCCGAUGCAGACGAUGUGCUCGCCAAGGCAGCCAGUGCCACUAUCCCGACCCACUAGACAUCGACUUCCGCAACGAGAACAACAAAGCCGCGGUGCGAGCCGAGUCCCUGUGGCGCCAGAGAGUGACGGUGCCGAAUCUCCUCAAAGCGCCGAGCCCCGGGCCCGACGAUCUCCAGCACCGCGCAUUAGCCGCCUUUUACCGGGACUUCGGCUGCACCGCCGAGGUCUCGACCCCCUGGAUUGAGUUCUUCCAGAUGCUGCCUAACCUUUACCGACGGGCCGCAGGCAAUCCGUCCUCGGCGCAAGCCAUCCGGGCCCUAGCGCUGGCCCACUACGCGCGCCAGCAGCAGCAGAUCUCGCAGCUGGAGAUCCUGGCACGAACGGAGUACUCCAAAGCGCUGAACCUGAUUCGAUCGCAGCUGCAGAAGCGAAAAGGGGUGCCGUGCACGGACGUGAUCGUGUCCGUGUCGCUGAUGGGGCUCUUCGAAACUAUCUUGCCCAGCAGCAGUUCGGCCGGCACCGAUCAUCGCUCGUGGCAGGCGCAUCAGCACGGCGCCAUCUCCAUGAUCCAGCAGCAGGCGGAGUCGCAUGCAACGGAUGCUUCGGCCGUGGAGCCGCGGCUCCUGCGGUUCAUGUAUCUCCUGAUGAUCGUGAAUUGCGUGAACAACCGAUCCCGGCCCCUGCUGCCCUUGCAUCUGUGGACUGGCGUCGUCGAUUCCCGCCUGCCCGCCGCGCGGCUGUUCCGCAUGAUGUACAGCCUCGCGCAGUGGCAGGCGGACAUCGACGGCUGGAUUGAGGAGGGACAGCGCUCCGAGCACUCGAAUUCCAAUGUCGACUACGUUCAAGAUAUGACCACGAGGCUAUCACUAGCGGAUGCAGAGCUGCAAGAAUGGGAAGCCCAGCUGCCCCCCACGUUUCACUUCUACGAGAGACCGUCCACCCCCGCCGACCAUGUCAUGCUGCAGUGGCCCGGGGCCCCGCGCCGGAUCUACGUCUACGAGUCCUGCUGGCGGGCAAUCCCCCGCACGUUCUGCUUCGCGGUGCGCAUCCUGCUGAGCCAGAAUCUGCUCAGGUGCUAUCGUUGGGUCUUAGAGCGAGGUCCACGUUCUGGGAUGCUGAAGGAAUACCAAGCAGCCGCUGUUCAGACUAUUGUAGAGAUGAUUGCACAUAUAUCCCGGAGCGUGGAUGCGGUUGUUGGGUCGUCGGGGCUCUCGGCUGGGGACGGUCGCAACAUGGGGGAAGGUGAGGCCAUGCGGGGACUGGCUAUUGUAUGGCCUCUCAGUGCUGCGUCGAGCGCUUUGCUGAGGAACAGGGGCGUGCUGGAUCGGGUUGGGGAUGAACGGGCUCGGUGGGUUGAGGAUGCUUUGUUGUAUGUGCGUCGGUUGGUGGGGAAUCGUGAGCCGACGGAGUGAAUAUUUGACCAACUGGAUGUUUAUUCGAGACUCUGAUG